AUGACACUCAGAGUCGACAGAAUGAAGCAGCAGAAUUGGCACCGCAGCACAGAUCUCCACACAAAUAAAUCAGUAAAGACUACCUAUUUCAGAGAAGUUUCGCGACCAAAGCAGAAUGCUGUAACUAGAGGCCGCACCAAGGCUUUGGGUGAUACCAAAGGUAUAGAUUUGGGCAUCCUUACAAUACAACGAAGAAAAAGAAUACCGGAGAAAAUUGAAACAAAAUCUCUCGAGCAAGAAGCAGGCGGCGGAAGCAUCAGCACGAGCCUUGUCCAAACGCGAUUCAAAAGCAUCUGUACUGGGUGA